ACAGGAUCGAGUGUGUGUGUGUGUUCUGUGUGUGUGAGUGUGUGUGUACAGACUGAGAUGAUGAAGAUUCUGCUGUUCCUCCUCAUCCUCACCGAGUGUUCGCCAGAUUCAGGCGUCAUGGCAAAGACCCAGGAGUUCUUUAUAGGUGCAGUAGAGAUAAAGUGGGAUUACAUGAACCCUGGCAACCUGGAGCCACCUUCUACUGAGAGAAGAGCUUUUGCUCAGAGAUACAUGAAGUCUGUCUACACUGAAUUUACUGACUCUACAUUUAGUGUUCAGAAAACGAAACCUCCGUGGGCUGGGAUCCAGGGUCCCACGAUCAGGACGUUGGUGAAUGACCGUGUUGUGAUCCAUUUUAAGAACUUUGCUUCUCAGCCUCUGAGUAUUUCUCCGAUCGGCGUUCCCUACUGGAAACAGUCUGAAGGUGCUGGUUAUGAGGACUCCACCUCACUGCAGGAGCGGGAGGACGACGCGGUGCAGCCCGGCGGUUAUUAUAAAUACGUCUGGGACAUUCAUCCUAACAGUGGACCCACCGCCACCGACCCCGAGUGCCUGACCUACUCCUACUCGUCUCAGGUGGACAUCGUGAGAGACUUUAACUCUGGACUCAUCGGAGCUCUUCUGAUCUGCAAAUCAGGAGCUCUGACGGAGGAGCGCGGGCGGAAGGUGCCCGAGUUUGUGCUGCUGUUUGCCGUGUUCGAUGAAAGCAGGAGCUGGUACAAGGAGGUGGGCAGAGCCGACAAACCCCGAAAAUCACCGGAGCAGCAGCAGUUUCACACCAUAAACGGAUACGCCAACUCCACCCUGCCAGGUCUGAAACUCUGUCUGACCACGCCCGAGGUUUCCUGGCACCUGAUCGGUCUGGGUUCGACUCCGGAGAUCCACACCAUUCAGUUCCAGGAUCACACCGUCAAGGUCAUGAACCACAGACAGGUCAUCGUGGAGAUCACGCCCAUGACCUUCACCACCGCCGUGAUGAAGCCUUACGCCGUGGGCAAGUUCCUGAUAUCCUGCAGAAUCCACUCACAUCAGCACGCCAGCAUGAGCGCGCUCUUCAGCGUGGAGAACUGCGCCGAGUCCAACCAGCUGCCCGAGAAGAGGAACGUUCAGCACGACGAGGACGAGGACGGCGACGAGGACUACCAGGCCGACGACUUCAUUUCCAUCGUGCUCCGACCCGGCGGGCCACCGUCCAUUCUGAGGUCCAGCGGGAGAGGGGCGCCCAAAACCUGGGUUCAUUACAUCAGCGCAGAGGAGGUGUCGUGGAACUACGUCCCUCAGGGGGACCGGAAUCAGCCGCAGCGUGUGGGUCAGGUUUAUAAGAAGGUGGCGUACGUGGAGUACACAGAUAAGACGUUCACAGUGAAGAAGAGCCAGAGCAGCUCACUGAUUGGUCCAGAGCUCAGGGGCGAGGUCAACGACCAGUUCCAGAUCAUUUUCAAAAAUAUGGCCGGUCGACCGUUCAACAUUUACCCGAACGGACUCGCCAGUGUCCAGCCGCUGAAGAAGACAGAGAAGCAGUUGGACCUGCGCUCCCUGGCUGUUCCCCCGGGCGAGAUCAUGAUGUACCAGUGGAAGGUGACCUUGGACGACGCCCCCACUGAGGCGGACCCGCGCUGUCUGACCCGUCUGUACCACAGCACGUUGGAUCCGGAGCGAGACACGGCGUCUGGCCUGGUGGGGCCCCUCAUCAUCUGCAAAUCACAGAGCCUGGACAAGCGAGGAAAAGUGGUGAUGUCGGACAGAGAGAAACACCUCAUGUUCUCGGCCUUUGAUGAAAAUAAAAGUUGGUACGUUGAGGAGAACCUGAAGAAGCUCAACAGAGGUUCUCCCAACUCCAACAUCAUGUACAGUGUAAACGGUCUGAUGUACAACAGCCUUCAGUUUAAGAUGUGUGUCGGCGACGUGAUGCUCUGGCACGUGGCCAGCGUGGGCAUGCGGAGCAACUUCCUGUCUGUCUAUUUUACGGGGAACCCGUUCGAAAAGGACAAGACCUACGGCACGGUCCUGACGCUCUUCCCGAUGACCGGAGACACCGUCACCACCGAGAUGGAGACCGAGGGUGAGUGGGAGAUCAGCGCCUUCGAUCCCGUUCUGAAGACGCGAGGCAUGAGCAUGCGCUACUCCGUCUUUAACUGUGAGCGAGUGCUCCCCCUGGCGGACAACGAGGACUACGAGUACGACUUCGACGACUACGUCGAGAGGAACUUCCCCGGUCCGCGCGGCUUCGGGGAGAAGAACCGGACCGUCGCCGUCCGCGUGUGCAAGAAACUCACGAGCAACGAGACCCGAAGCGACCAAGAGGGCCAGAGGAACAGGGUGGUGUGUAAGAGAAAACUCGUCCCGGUGGAGGAGGUCAAGGAUCUGACCAGUCUGUCGCAGGGGGGGAUUCCUCAGGACGUCUUGGACCAACUGGAUGAGGAAAUUACUCAGAAUUCUUUAAGUCGACAAAAAAGACACGUAGACAAUUCUACAUGGGAACAGAAUUCUGGCCAAAGUGACCUGGAGUCGACCAAUGAGACGAGCUCAGGAACAGACGAGGUUUUGGUGGAAGACGAGAAUCUGAUAUCAUCUAACGUAAAGGCUGAGAGGAACCGGGAUGCGGACGGAACUGGGAACGUGUUCACGGACCCGUUUAAGAAAUUCAUCCACAGGUCGAACCUCAGCGAACCUCUAAAUCUCACUAGCAAGGACGAUUCCAAACCAACCGUGACAAACCGGAUUCAGAGGAACACGUGGGGCGCUAAAAAGGACGCUGAUAAAUUCGGAAAACCAAACGAUCCUCUGAGCGACAACGAGAUUCUGACGGACUCGGACAGGCUGGUGGAAACCCAAGAUCCUCACAAAUGCACCCUCAAAAAUCACAAGUUCGAUCCCAAGUCCCAACAUUCCCAGUCGACCUCCUCUCACAACCAGACGCUCCCCCCGAGAUCUGGGUCCGCGGACUACGACGACUACGAGGACGAAGCAAACGAAACCGCUCCGAACUUCAAUUCCGACGAGAGUAUCAACAUCAGGUCGUCCGAAUCCUUGUUCCGGAGCUACUACAUCGCCGCAGAGGAAGUCACGUGGAAUUACGGGAUCGAGAAACCUCCACAGCUUAUUAAUUCCAGGGAGAUGAGGAGAGGAAGGAGUAAAUAUUUCCCAACCUACAGGAAGGUGGUGUACCGGGCGUACCACGAUAAGGAGUUCCGGAAUCCAGUCAAACGUGGAGAACUGGACGAACACCUCGGCAUUAUGGGUCCCGUCCUCAAGGCUGAGAUCAACGACGUCCUCACUGUGGUUUUUAAGAACCUGGCCACCAGGCCGUACUCCCUGCAUCUGCACGGCGUGUACGACAGGACCAUGGAGAGCUCGGCGUCGCAGGGUGAAGAUCUAGGGAGGAAGGAGGGACCCGGAGAUCCUGUGCCUCCCGGGCAGGAGAGGGUCUACAACUGGAGGAUCACCAAAAGACAAGGACCGUCGUCCAAAGACUUCGACUGCAAAGCUGGUGCCUACUACUCUACCGUCGACAUGGAGAAGGACGUAAACUCGGGUCUGAUCGGCCCGCUGCUGAUCUGUCGUCCCGGGACGCUCCGGCCCCGUUUUCUCCUGCAGCCCGGGGUUCAGGACCUCUUCCUCCUCUUCACCAUCUUUGACGAGACCAAGAGCUGGUAUCUGGAUCACAACAUCAGGGAGUUCUGCACACCACCCUGCCAGGCCAGUGUAGACGAUCCCUGGUUCCAAACCAGCAACAAAUUCGCUGCGAUAAACGGCUACGUCGCCGAGACUCUCCCUGGUCUGGCGGUGGCUCAACACCAAACCUCCAGGUGGCACCUGAUGAACGUGGGCAGCGGGGGAGAGUUUCACGCCGUGCACUUCCACGGAAUACCGUUCAGCGUCGGGAAGGACCAGGAGCACCGCAUGGGCAUCUUCAACCUCUAUCCAGGCGUGUUCGGGAGCAUCGAGAUGAGGCCGGGCAUCGUGGGUACCUGGCUGGUGGAGUGCACCAUCGGAGAGCAUCAGCUGUCGGGCAUGAGGGCCAAACUGCUGGUCUACGACCCACAAUGUGUUCAGCCGUUGGGGAUGCAGUCAGGAUGGAUAGAAGACGAUCAAAUCACCGAGUCUGAUCACUAUGGUCACUGGGAGGCCAGAUUAGCCCGACUGCACUUAUCUGGAUCGGUUAAUGCCUGGAUCGGCAACAGCGCAAAUUCCUGGAUCCAGGUGGAUUUGCUGCGGCCGAUGGUGGUGCACGGGAUCCAGACGCAGGGAGCAAAAACGUCUCUGGGUCUGAGAGAGAUGUUCACUGUCAUCUUCACCAUCAGCUACAGCCUGGACCAGAAAGUCUGGAAGAAGUACAAGGGGAACAGCAGCGAGAGCGAAUACAAGUUAAAUGGAAACAUGGACGGCUACAGGAUCAAAGAGAACGUCCUCUCUCCUCCCAUCAUCGCCCGAUACGUCUGCAUUCAUCCACUGACCCAGGGUACCCGCUCCGCCCUCAGGUUCGAACUGCUGGGCUGUGACCUCAACAGCUGCUCUCUCCCGUUAGGUAUGCAGCGGCGCCUGAUACCCGACAAUCACAUCACUGCUUCUUCCUUCCUGCAGAACUGGAGACUCUCAUGGACUCCAGAUCUCGCCAGACUUAACCAGGAGGGUCGCGCCAACGCGUGGAGGCCGACGACUAAUAACCCCCAUGAGUGGUUGCAGGUGGAUUUUGAGGUGGUGAAGCGGAUCACAGGUAUAGUAACACAGGGAGCCAGAUCAGUGCUCACACCCAUGAUGGUGACAGAGUUCACGGUCUCCGUUAGUGAUGACGGACACACCUGGACCCCGGUCACCCAACCGGGAACAAAGCAGGAGAAGAUGUUUGAGGGGAACAGCGAGCAUGACGAGGAGAAGCUGAACGUUCUGGAGCCUCCACUGUUCACGCGCUACAUCCGCUUCCAUCCUAAAGGCUGGCUGAACCACAUCGCUCUGAGGGUGGAGUUCCUGGGCUGUAACACACAACAGAGACUCUGAGAGGAGAAGAGAUGAAGAGGAAUGAAGACUGUGAUGGGAAUAAUGACACUGAAUGUAAUAGCGCAGUAUUUUUACUUAUUUAUCAAUAAUAUCAGGACGUAUUUAUGUUUUUAGCAAUUACUCUCACAGUGCUGUAAAUAAAUCCAGGUUUUUUGUAGAAAGCUAGCUCGUUUAUGUGUGAUGUUUGAAGACUGGAUUUUCGACUUCCUGCUUCAUUUCUAUAUGUUUAAAACAGUGUAUAUUUUGUGUUGUUUUUACAUGAUACUGUGAUAUUUUGUUCCUGCCAUCUUGUUUAUGAACCGUCUAAUAACUUAUGAGCAGUUAGUUCUCAUGCUUGAAGUUUUCUUGACUUGUGAACAUACCAGCACUACUGAUAUUUAUAUUUACUAUA